AUGGCUUCCUCCACUCUUCUUCUCCACUUCUUCUUCUUUCUCUCUUCUCUGUUUAUUACCUUUUCCUCCGCUCAGACAGCGAAGACCUUCAUUUUCCGCGUCGAUGGUGGAUCUAUGCCAUCUGUUUUCCUGACGCACUACCACUGGUACAGCUCCGAGUUCGCCGAAGGAUCUCGUAUCCUCCAUGUGUACCACACCGUCUUCCAUGGCUUCUCUGCCGUUGUUUUCCCCGAAGAAGCAGAUAGCAUCCGUAACCACCCGGCGGUUCUUGCUGUUUUCGAGGACCGGCGUCGUGAGCUUCACACUACGCGUUCUCCCCAAUUCUUAGGUCUACAGAAUCAGAAGGGCCUCUGGUCCGAUUCCGAUUACGGAUCAGACGUAAUCAUCGGCGUUUUUGACACUGGGAUUUGGCCGGAGAGGAGGAGUUUCUCAGAUCUCAAUCUAGGUCCGAUUCCGAAGCGGUGGAGAGGCGUUUGCGAGUCUGGAGCCAGAUUCGGGCCUAGGAAUUGUAACCGGAAAAUCGUCGGAGCCAGAUUCUUCGCCAAGGGACAACAAGGCGCCGUGAUUGGAGGAAUCAACAAAACGGUUGAAUAUCUUUCUCCUCGUGACGCCGAUGGUCACGGAACUCACACCGCCUCUACCGCCGCUGGACGUCACGCCUUUAAGGCGAGCAUGUCCGGUUACGCAUCCGGUGUCGCGAAAGGUGUGGCUCCCAAAGCUCGUAUCGCCGCCUAUAAAGUCUGCUGGAAAGAUUCUGGUUGCCUUGAUUCCGAUAUCCUCGCCGCUUUCGAUGCCGCUGUUGUAGACGGUGUCGACGUCAUAUCGAUAUCCAUCGGUGGUGGAGACGGGAUUACUUCGCCGUAUUAUCUCGAUCCAAUCGCAAUAGGCUCCUACGGCGCGGCGUCUAAAGGAAUCUUCGUCUCCUCCUCCGCCGGAAACGAAGGACCUAACGGUAUGUCCGUUACAAACCUUGCGCCAUGGGUAACAACCGUCGGUGCCGGAACAAUCGAUCGAAAUUUUCCGGCGGAUGCUGUUCUGGGUGACGGACACCGUCUCAGAGGCGUGUCUCUUUACGCCGGCGUACCGCUCAACGGCCGAAUGUUCCCGGUGGUUUACCCUGGCAAAGCGGGAAUGUCUUCGGCUUCUCUCUGUAUGGAGAAUUCACUCGACCCGAAGCAUGUGAAGGGUAAAAUAGUAAUUUGUGAUAGAGGAAGCAGUCCUCGUGUAGCGAAAGGUCUAGUGGUGAAGAAAGCAGGCGGCGUCGGGAUGAUUCUCGCGAACGGCGCAUCCAACGGCGAAGGAUUAGUCGGAGAUGCUCACCUUAUCCCCGCCUGCGCCGUCGGAUCAAACGAAGGAGAUAGGAUCAAAGCCUACGCUUCUUCACAUCCAAAGCCAGUUGCAUCGAUCGAUUUCAGAGGGACUAUAGUCGGAAUCAAACCAGCUCCAGUUGUUGCUUCUUUCUCCGGGAGAGGACCGAACGGGUUAAACCCAGAGAUCCUAAAACCCGAUUUGAUUGCUCCCGGAGUUAACAUCCUCGCGGCAUGGACCGACAAUGUGGGGCCUACGGGAUUGCCGUCGGAUCCACGGAAAACGGAGUUCAACAUCCUCUCCGGUACAUCAAUGGCGUGUCCUCAUGUCAGUGGAGCGGCGGCGCUGCUCAAAUCCGCUCAUCCCGAUUGGAGCCCGGCCGCGAUAAGAUCCGCCAUGAUGACGACAACUAACCUCGUAGAUAACUCUAACCGCUCGUUAAUCGACGAAUCAACCGGGAAAUCGGGUACACCUUACGAUUUCGGAUCGGGUCAUCUCAAUUUGGGUCGGGCAAUAGAUCCGGGUCUCGUCUACGACAUAACCAACGACGAUUACAUCACGUUUCUCUGCUCAAUCGGGUACGGGCCAAAGACGAUUCAAGUAAUCACACGAACGCCGGUGAGAUGUCCAACAACUAGAAAACCGUCACCGGGGAACUUGAAUUACCCAUCGAUCACGGCGAUGUUCCCUACUUCGAGAAGAGGGUCGUUGAGCAAGACUAUUGUACGAACGGCGACGAAUGUUGGACAGCCGGAGGCGGUUUACCGGGCGAGGAUAGAGUCGCCGAGAGGAGUGACGAUAACGGUGAAGCCCCCGAGGCUUGUGUUUAGUUCUGCCGUUAAGAGACGGAGCUAUGCAGUAACGGUGACGGUGGAUCCAAAGAAUGUGGUGUUGGGAGAAACGGGUGCUGCAUUCGGGUCGGUGACGUGGUUUGAUGGUGGGAAACACGUGGUCCGGAGCCCCGUUGUGGUGACCCAAAUGGACCCGUUAUAA